AUCAUGACGCAGAUGACUGGAGGAGAGAAGCAAUAUCAAGGUCUAUUUUCAGAUACGAAAUGUGAACAACUUUUAAGCGUUUAAAACUAUAACCCGUUCGUUGACUAGAAUACGUUACAUUUGAUGAACCCUGUCUUCUAAGUACAACCUCUUCGAGAGAUCCAGACAAAAGCGAUGGAGGGAGGAGUGAUGGAGAGAGAAGUGAUGUCUGAGAAGCCAGUCAUGCAGACACAGCCAUCCACACUGCCCUUCUUUGACACGGCCCACGCCUUUAACCUGCUCCGGGGGAUCCACGAACUCCGCGCAGAGCGCAAGUUCUUUGACGUCACGCUCUGCGCCGAGGGCCGCGAGUUCCAUUGCCACCGGACUGUGUUGGCCGCAGCCAGCACCUACUUCAGGGCCAUGUUCGCCGGGACGCUGAGAGAGAGCGCCAUGGACCGCGUGGUCCUUCACGAGGUGUCUGCUGAACUACUGGGCCUGCUGGUGGACUUCUGUUAUACAGGCCGAGUCACAGUCACCCAGGAUAAUGUAGACCUCCUGCUGAAGACGGCCGACCUGUUCCAGUUCCCCUCCGUUAAAGAGGCCUGCUGUGCCUUCUUGGAGCAGAGAUUAGACGUCUCCAACUGCCUGGAGAUCCAGGACUUUGCAGAGGCCUACGCCUGCCAUGACUUGGCUGUCAGCGCCCGCCGCUUCGUCCUCAAGAACAUUGUGGACCUCGCCAAAGGCAAGGACUUUAAGCGGUUGCCCUGGAAACGGCUGCUGGAGUUCGUGUCGGACGAUGCGCUGUGUGUGGACAAGGAGGAGACGGUCUAUCAGAUCGCGGUGCGCUGGGUUAAAGCAGACUUACAGAGGCGGCUCCACUACUGGCCCACGCUGCUGGAGCAGGUCAGACUACCCUUUGUACGUCGGUUCUAUCUACUCGCCCACGUGGAAAGUGACCCCCUGGUUUACCUCUCCCCCUCCUGCCUGAGGAUGGUGAGUGAGGCCCGGAGCUUCCAGUCGUGUGAGUAUGACCGGCAUGACAGACCCUGCCAACGCAUGCGGCCGCGGCCCUCCACCGGCCUGGCUGAGAUCCUGGUGGUGGUGGGCGGCUGUGACCAGGACUGUGACGAGCUGGUCACUGUGGACUGUUAUAACCCUCAGACUGGACAGUGGCGCUACCUGGCCGAGUUCCCCGAUCACCUGGGAGGGGGCUACAGUAUGGCCGCCCUGGGCAAUGAUAUGUAUGUCACAGGAGGAUCUGACGGUUCGCGUCUCUAUGAUGGCGUGUGGCGCUACAACUCCAGCGUUAACGAGUGGACCGAGGUGUCGCCAAUGCUCAAAGCCCGGGAGUACCACAGUUCCUGUGUCCUCAGAGGUCAGCUGUAUGUGGUGGCGCCAGACAGCACGGAGCGCUACGACCACGCGCUGGACUGCUGGGAGGCCCUGCCCGCCAUGCUGCACUCUAUGGACAACUGCUCCACCACCACCUGUAAGGGGCGUCUCUACGCCAUCGGCUCCAUGACCACAACAGGGGAGGACAACAUGGCCAUACAGUGUUACGAUGUGGACACCAACCGCUGGACCCUGGUCAACUGUGGCGAGCUGCCACCAUGGUCUUUCGCUCCCAAGACGGUCACCCUCAAUGGGCUCAUCUACUUUGUCAGGGAUGACUCGGCAGAGGUCGACAUCUACAACCCUCAGAAGAAUGAAUGGGACAAGAUCAGCCCCAUGACACAGGUCCAUGUAGGAGGCAGUGUGGCAGUCCUGGGUGGUCGUCUCUUCGUGUCUGGUGGCUAUGACAACACAUUUGAGCUGUCUGACAUGGUGGAGGCCUAUGACCCCUCCACCCAUACCUGGACACCCGCAGGCCGCCUUCCCCAGCCCACCUUCUGGCAUGGCAGUGUCAGCAUCUUCCGCCAGCUCAUGCCCGCCGUAUCCAACGCUUUCGAACCCAUUGACCUGCCCGAGGCUAACUCCAUCCACCUGCACCGACACCACCGCAACCAGGCCAUGCACAACCACAACCUCAACCAGAACCACGACGUCAACCCAGUGUAACACACUCCAAAAACUAAUGGGUCAGGGAAUAUCAUACUGACCACUGUUUCAGCUAUUUUAGGUUUACUGUGAAAACAUACACCUCUUUAUGAUGCUACAGAAAAGGUGGAAAGACAGAGUGAUCAAAUGAUCCUGCAUGGAUGUGAUCACUAUAGGACUGUAAUUACAUUACAUUGUGCUUAUGUGACUGAACAUGUGUGCAAUUUUGUGAUCCCCAUGUAAUUCACUUGCCUACCACACUGUCAUUGAUCAUGAUCAAUGGGCAUAUUAUUGACUGGACUAAUAGACUGGCUGGGUAUGAAAGUCUCAUCUUGGGGAAAGAAAAAUCUAUACAUACAUGGAUAAUCUACGGCAGGCAGUAGUGUAUUAUUUAGAUUAUGGUUAUACAGUUGAAGUCGGAAGUUUACAUACACUUUAGCCAAAUACAUUUAAACUCAGUUUUUCACAAUUCCUGACAUUUAAUCCUAAAAAUUCAUAAAAACAUAACAAUUCCAUUUUAUGUCAGUUAGGAUCACCACUUUAUUUUAAGAAUGUGAAAUGUCAGAAUAAUAGGGAGGGGAGAAUGAUUUAUUUCAGCUUUUAUUUCUUUCAUCACAUUCCCAGUGGGUCAGAAGUUUACACUCAAUUAGUAUUUGGUAGCAUUGCCUUUAAAUUGUUUAACUUGGGUCAAACGUUUCGGGUAGCUUUCCACAAGCUUCCUAUAAAUUGGGUGAAUUUUGGCCCAUUCCGUCUGACAGAACUGGAGUAACCGAGUCAGGUUUGUAGGCCUUCUUGCUCGCACACGCUUUUUCAGUUCUGCCCACAAAUUUUCUAUGGGAUUGAGGUCAGGGAUUUGUGAUGGCCACUCCAAUACCUUGACUUUGUUGUCUUUAAGCCAUUUUGCCACAACUUUGGAAGUAUGCUUUGGGUCCAUGUCCAUUUGGAAGACCCAUUUGCGACCAAGCUUUAACUUCCUGACUGAUGUCUUGAGAUGUUGCUUCAAUAUAUCCACAUAAUUGUCCUUUAUCAUGAUGCCAUCUAUUUUGUGAAGUGCACCAUUCCCUCCUGCAUCAAAGCACCCCCACAACAUGAUGCUACCACCCUCGUGUUUCACGGUUGGGAUGGUGUUCUUCGGCUUGCAAGCAUCCCCCUUUUUCCUCCAAACAUAACGAUGGUCAUUAUGGCCAAACAGUUCCAUUUUUGUUUCAUCAGACCAGAGGACAUUUCUCCAAAAGUACGAUCUUUGUCCCGAUGUGCAGUUGAAAACAGUAGUCUGGCUUUUUUAUGGUGGGUUUGGAGCAGUGGCUUCUUCCUUGCUGACCGGCCUUUCAGGUUAUGUUGAUAUAGGACUCGUUUUACUGUGGAUAUAGAUACUUUUGUACCUGUUUCCUCCAGCAUCUUCACAAGGUCCUUUGCUGGUGUGCUGUGAUUGAUUUGCACUUUUCGCACCAAAGCAUGUUCAUCUCUGAGACAGAACGCGUCUCCUUCCUGAGUGGUAUAACAGCCGCGCGGUCCUAUGGUGUUUAUGCUUGCGUACUAUUGUUUGUACAGAUGAACGUGGUACCUUCAGGCAUUUGUAAAUUGCUCCCAAGAAUGAACCAGACUUGUGGAGGUCUUGGCUGAUUUCUUUUGAUUUUCCCAUGAUGUCAAGCAAAGAGGCACUGAGUUUGAAGAUAGGUGAACCUGUGGAUGUAUUUCAAGGCCUCCGAUUGACUCAGGCUAAUUGACAUAAUUUAUCAGAAGCUUCUAAAGCCAUGACAUCAUUUUCUGGAAUUUUCCAAGCUGUUUAAAUGCACAGUCAAUUUAGUGUAUGUAAACUUCUGACCCACUGGAAUUGUGAUACAGUGAAUUAUAAGUGAAAUAAUCUCUGUAAACAAUUGUUGGAAAAAUGACUUGUGUCAUGCACGAAGUAGAGGUCCUAACCGACUUUUCAAAACUAUAGUUUGUUAACAAGAAAUGUGUGGAGUGGUUGAAAAACAAGUUUUAAUGACUCCAACCUAAGUGUAUGUAAACUUCCGACUUCAACUGUAUAUCUUUUUUUAUUUUUGAUCUUACAAUCACCACAAUGUUUUCUAGCACUAACCAGCUUUGAUAACCAUUGCGAAAUUAAUCUGGAGACUUGUCCAGUGCUGUACAACUAUGGAACCUUAGGAUGGAAUCAGAGCAUGUGAUGCAACUGGGACUGGGUUGCUAAAACCCCAUCAAAGUGAUAGAUUAAAUAGAUGUGUCCCUGUUUUAUUGAUAUGAUAGAUUAUCAGAUGCUGAUCACCGUUUUGCUCUCCCUCAUCUAGACUGACUGUUUACACCUAAUUGGCACGACUACCAAUCUAGCCUGCAUGAAGUACUGGUCAUAUUUUCUUUCAAGGUGCAUUUAUUUUAUUAUAGAUGCUUUAAUAUUUUAUUAGAAUGGUUUAGUUUUAUUUAUGAAAAUGUAUUUGUAGUGUUAGUUCAUAUAACGUUAGUGUGUUUUCCUAGUGCAACAGGAGGCAGAGGUACAUAUGAAGAUAGAUACCGGUGACAACCGCUGUUAUGGUAACUGGAGGUGGUAACACAUUCUCAAUUUAUUUGUGCAACAUGUGUUUGACUAAAGUUAAUUUUAGUAUUGUUUACUUACUGUAAUGCCAUUCAGUUGUGUGUUUUCUUAGUUUUCAUACAAGAUGUUUGUGUUGUCCCAACAGUUUUUCAUAUGUGCGUUGUUUGUAUACUGUAGAGGUCAUCCUUACAGUGUGAUUACAAUAAAACUGCAGGCAGGACUGCCACUUUA